AUGCAACAUAUUACAUUUGAAGAUGGAUUUGGUAACUUGGUUAAAUCCUGUCAAAGUUCCUCGAGUGAACGCACCAAACAGAUUGAGUCAGAACUAUCAGAAAGUUUUGUCUCCCUUGCUUCAUUUGUUGAUGGUACGCAUGUGAUUAACUCUUUUGAAGAGGAAUUUGAGGAUAAUACCUGGAGCACACUCAGUGAAAAUGUUGCUUUAACUAUGUCUGAAUGUGUCGUCUCACUUGCUUCAUUCAAUGGAAAUUCAAGGUGUUUUGCUUGCACAGGCGUAUAUAUAAACUGUAAUCCCGUGAGAAUCCUUACUACAGCAAGUUUGGUUAAAACUUCUGGCGAUGGAAACAAGAUUGAUGAUAACUUGCGGAUUGAAGUGCACCUUAAUAAUAAACAACAUGUCACGGGGACAUUGAAACAUUAUGAUCUACGCUAUAAUGUUGCAGUUGUUGAGAUCAUGGGUUCCUACAGUUCUUGUGCAGUGGAUGUGGAAGAGCGUAUUUCUUUCACCCCUAAUAUUGAGGUUUUAGCUGUAGGGCGUCUCUUUGAACGUCCAAAAUUAAUGGCCUCAAGAGGGGUGUUAAUUGACAGAAAAAGCAAACUUGCUUGCGAAGAGCUUGGGAUUUCCACUUGUAAAAUCACCAAGGCUGGGAUUGGAGGGCCUCUUAUUGAUGCUUGUGGGAAUUUGAUUGGCAUGAAUUUCUUCCAUGAUGAAGAAACUCCAUACCUACCGAGGGAAAAAAUUCAGGAAGUCUUGGGAUAUUUUGAUGAACAAUGGUAUGUCUUAACAUUUUUUGUAAUGGUAUAA